UCGGCCAAAUGCCCUUUUUUGUAUAAGUAAGUCGAUAAAUUUGAAAGAAAAAAAAUUGUAAGAAGAAACACCAGAUAUUGGAAAAAACAAGCCUUUUUUUUUUAUAAAUUUCUGAAUUAGCUCUGAAUUUUCCCCUGUUUUUCUUUUUUUUUUUUUUUUCAUAUGGCAACCCAGAAGAGAAGUCGAGUUUGCAGUGGUGAAGAUGAGGAUAAAGAAGAUCAGAAGAUGGAGCAGUUCUAUGACCUCAUAAGGAAUUUUCACGAGGCGCGCAAUAGGAGAAAGAAUGAGCUCAGACAAAGGGAGGAGAUUAAGAAGAAGCAAAACAAGACAAGAAGGUUAGAUGAUGAGCAAUCAAGUUGGGUUCCAACUUUUGAAUUGGCAGAUUUUACCGAGGAGAUUGAGUUUCGAAGGCCACCUAUCAUCUUUCCAAGUCCAUACAACAAAAAAGAAGACAAGAAAAAACAAGAAGAAGAUGAUGGUUUAGAUCUCAAGCUCACCCUUUAACCAGCUUCGACUUUUUCUCUUGUUCAAAAGGAGUUUGAUCAUGUAUUGUUUUGUUCUUAGUGAUCAAUGGUCAAUCUCGUUAAUACCUGCUGUUAUGUUUAAACUUUGAAGUUCCUGUAGAAUGCAGUCUCCCCAUUUGAAAGAUGUUUCGGUUUUGAAAUUAAAUCACAGCUGGUAUUCAAUAUCAUAGACAAAGUAUAUAAAAAAAAAAAAAAGAGGUGGGUUGCGUCAAGCAUCCACUUCCUUUAACGUGGAAAGGAAAGCUUUUCAUAAAAAUCUUGACUGAAGUACAUAGGUGGGUAGGAGACGGGAGUGGUUUUGGUUUGUUUGUUCAGAAUUCAGACAACAGAAACAGUAUUUUUUUGUGGUCUCACGAGUAAAGGGUAGGACUCCGUUUGUGCCCAGAUAUUUUUUAUCUCUACCUAUUUAACCAUAACUCUGCUACAAUGCUAAAAUCCCCAUUAAUAUCUUUUCCAAGUUUCUUAAUCGUAGUUUCAUUUCCAACUUGUGCCUGUCAGGCCCCCACAUGCAUUCUGUUUAUCUGUCUUUCACAGUGCAGUGACAAAAACUUUUUAUCAUUCACACAAUAUAUUACUGGGCAAAUUAAUUUGUAGUGUCUUAAUGCAAAUUAAUCUACUAUCCAAUUCUAUCAAAAACAAUCUCUUGUCCAGUUAGGGUUUGCAAAUUAAUUUCAAUUGUUCAGGCUCGGAUGAUGUCAUCAUAACGAAUGUAAAUUGCUGGAAGUCAAUUGCGACAGUAAAUUUGACAUGGACACAACACCCCCUGAUUUACGGGCCCCGGCCUCCACUAAUGGGGCCACCUCUACCAACCCCAACAUUGUUGCCAUUGUGUCAUUUCCAAAUUGGCCCAGCCUAGGAGGGUUAAAAGAAGAGAGAAACUGGAAAAGUAAAUAGGAGGGAUCGAUAAUUCAAUUUACAAAAAUCCCCUUAAACAAGGUUUCAUAAUUAUGAUCUCUUUCAAAAAUUUUCAGAAACAGGUUCAGUUUUGUAUUUACCGGGGAGUCCAACACAGUGGCCUAUAUUUGAUUUGGGUCGGAAGAAAUUGAGCCGCGUUUUUCUGUUGUCCAGCGUAUUGAUAUUGUGUUGAAACCACGUUCAUUUUCUAAUUGCCAAAUUGUCAUGUGCCAAAGAGAGUGAAUUGGAAAAGGGUCGAAAAGAAAAAUAAAAAAAGGAAGACAAGAAGAAUCUAGCUUAUGCCAUCUCCAUGACUUUGGUUGUUUACUUUCUUUCACUUUGGAUCUUUAGUAAAUAGGAUGAUGGAACUGCUUACAUAAAGGGUGAGAAAGAACACUAGAACAACAAUAAGGUGGGACUAAAAGUUAUGAGGAAUCACAUUUUUCACAAUCUUUGGUACAAAUUUUGUAUUCCUAUUACUCUUAUUUUAUUUUAUUUUGGUCAACAUUGCUUAACUUUAAGCCGAAGCAGUUGAGGUCCCGCGUUUUCCUCAUUUGUAUUGUUUUCUAUAAUGGUGCG